AUGAACGUGAACAAUCUUUCAGAGCAUCUACAAAAUCUGAUAUCAAGUGACUCGGAGUUGGGCUCGCGCUUGCUAUCAUUGCUACUGGUUAGCAGUGGCAACGCGGAGGAGCUCAUCAGCAUGAUUAAUAACGGCCAGGAUGUUUCACAGUUCAAAAAGCUGCGCGAGCCGAGAAAGGGGAGGGUUGCCGCAACGGCGGCAGUUGUUGUGAAAGAGGAGGAGGCGCCUGUGGGCAUAUCUAACGAACUGGAUAAAAUCAAGCAAGAGCGAAGAAGGAAGAACACGGAGGCGUCGCAGCGGUUUCGCAUUCGCAAGAAACAAAAGAACUUCGAGAACAUGAACAAGCUGCAGAACCUGAACAUGCAAAUCAACAAACUUCGCGAUCGUAUAGAGCAGCUAAACAAGGAAAAUGAGUUCUGGAAGGCCAAAUUGAAUGACAUCAAUGAGAUCAAGUCUAUGAAACUGCUGAACGACAUUAAAAGGCGAAACAUGGGCAGAUAG